UGGAGCAGCUUUAUACUUUGACGAAUCACUUUGUUAUAACUUCCACAAUUGGUUGUUUUUAAUAGGUAAAUGUGUUUUGCGGUGCGUUCUGUUAUUUUAGUUUCACUGGAGGCGUACCAACACCGUGUGAAACAAGAACUGGUUUUGCCUUGCGGACUUAAUUAGGGAUAAUGUGACAGGUUGAGGUAGGCUAACUUAAGAAUUGUAUGGAAAAAUAGAAUAUCAGAUCGACAAACUGUCCUGAAAAAAAAAAUAGUCUAAUGUUUGCGCUCACUGCUGUUAGACGCUCAGGAUAAGAGCGUCUGCUAAAUGACUCAAAUGGAAACAUUUCAAAUGUUAUUGAGCAGACCUUGGCUUGCAGCAUAAUAAGCUGUCCCUCAAAACACUUGCCUUUACUUCAAACGGAGUCGCCUCAUUUACAAGCAGUUUAUGCACUUGCACUGACGUCAAUGGAACGAUGUUGGAUGUAUAUAUAACCCUUAAGAAAGAGGCGUUAUUCUCCAAUCGACAUUUAGCGGGACUUUUCGGACCGGGGUCUCAAUUGACACUUUUCUAGCCGGUGUGCAACUUUUUCAGCAUUAAGGAGACAAAGUACCGGGCACCGUUUUGUCCGUCUGUCCAGCACUAUGAAGCCUGUUCCCCUGAUCCUGCUUCUUGCCACUGUUCUCCUCAGCUCUCACAUCCCCCCCAGUGUCUGUCGACCACGGGACCUGGCAAUGUUCGACGGCCACGGCUACAAGAGUCAGCUGGACGAGGUGUUGCUGAAGGCUGGUGAUAAUGCCAUUUCCUACCUUAUAGGAGAAAAGAUACUGAGGUAUUUGCAAAGAAAUCCCCGGUUGCAGGCAGGUCUCCCGCCACAGUUUCCCUUUGAGGUGACGCCCCUGGGCUCGAGGGGUCUUGGUCACCUGGCGCGCAGUUUGCCGCCCUUGGAGGAGCAGCGCGCGCCUGAGGAGGGCAACAGCCUGGAAGAGUUCGUGGAGCUGACCAAGAGAAACGACGACCCCCCGAUCUCCAUCGACCUCACUUUCCACCUUCUGAGAAAUAUGAUCGAAAUGGCGAGGAUCGAGAGCCAGAAGGAGCAAGCGGAGUUAAACCGCAAGUAUCUGGAUGAAGUUGGAAAGUGAUACAGCAAGUGUCGUCAACAAGUGAAAAAAUCAAGAUAAAACAUCUCACAGAAAACAGCAAAGCCCCUGGCACUCUCAGACCCACGAAAUAGUUUAGAUUUUGAUUUAACCGUUGGUUUCUCUGCCAUUCUUCAUCAUAAGAUGCAUAAAAAUAACUUCCCCACCUGUCCAAAAAGCCUUUCAAAAUCAACGGGCAAUAAAUUAUUGACUGCCAAGAAGACCCCAUCUACAAUGGAAUCAUAGUGAGGCGCCUUGACAACUAUUCCCUAACAUAUGGCAUAGUGUGAAUACUCCGGAUCUCACACGUCUAUAGUGUAUUCUCACCUUUGGAUGUCCGGAGCAUUGUAGUUGGCCUACAACAAUAAUAUUGCCAGACACAAAUUGAGUUACAAGUUGCCCUCAUGUGGAAUAAGUGCAACAUGUUUUGUUAGUCGUAGUCUAAAUGGUUGGUACUAGGUAAAUAACAAAGGCAGGUAGACUAGUCAUUGUUUCCGCCUUUUAUAACACAUUGGAGAAAAAUAAUGUUGUGCAAAUUGAUAUUGGCUACCCAUAUGUGAUCUUUCAAUGGUUAGUUGUGUGACUCAUUUUGUUGCUCACUUUAAGGGACAAGGCUCAGUCAAUAUAGAUACAUUGUGUCCUUUUCCUGAGAUGUAUUUUUGUUCAACAACUGAAAAAGAUUGAACUAGGGCCUUAUCACCGGCAUAGAUUAAAACAAAUCAGGUAAAGCACUCGUGUAAUAUUGUCAUUUCAUUACUGUUUUGCUGUAUGCCAAUUGUUUAAUUUAUAGUGAUUAUCCAUUUGCCCUUGGUUUGUUAGCUCACUUGGCAGGCAGCCAUCCAGCCAGCAGAAGAAGCCUUUUCACAUUGUUUCAGGUAUGGGGUCUGGCAUUGCCCGUAGGUUUCUGUGAUACAACUAAUCUCCAAUCUAAUCUGAGACAAAGUGAACAUAUCCUACACUUAACGCCACUUCCACUCUCCUUAUUAUCUUUCCAUCCAAGCAAGUACACUAUCCUCUGUACUGUACCUAGCAUGCUUACCUUAAACUAAGAAAAACAUUUAAUGGUUCAUUUUAUGUUGACUGUUUUGUCAAAGCCCCAAUCAUGGACAUAUCAUAUGAUCACAUGGUUUAUCAGUAAAGAAAAGCUUUUUUGUCAUUUAUAUUUUUUU